CAAACUCCCAAUGCUAUUAUCCUUCAGCCUUUCCACAUGGUUGAGAGCCUUGUGUGAUUUCUAGCCAGACUUAAUUGACAGGCUGUUGUACAGUCUACCGCUAUAUUGUAAAUUUGCAUUAGUAAAAGCAGGAGCGGUAUCAUAUAUUUGAAGUAACGUGGUUGUAAUGGCUGUACCUUUGAAAGUAUGCAUCGUUGGCUCAGGAAACUGGGGCUCUGCCAUAGCAAGGAUAAUUGGCAACAACGCCAAAUCACUGCCGCGUUUUGCCAGCACUGUCAAAAUGUGGGUGUUUGAGGAAAAUAUCAAUGGCAAGAAGCUGACAGAAAUCAUCAACACCGACCAUGAAAACGUCAAAUACCUCCCUGGUUACAAACUACCAGAAAAUGUGGUGGCAGUUCCCCAGCUGCGGGACGCUGCAGACGGAGCCGAUCUACUGGUGUUCGUGGUCCCACAUCAGUUCAUCCGCAAGCUCUGCGAUGAGAUGGUGGGCUGUGUGUCUGAGAGGGCCAGAGGAAUCACACUCAUCAAGGGUAUAGAUGAAGGCCCUGAGGGCCUCAAGCUGAUAUCGGACAUCAUCCGCGAGAAGAUGGGGAUUGAUAUGAGCGUGCUGAUGGGGGCGAACAUAGCCAAUGAGGUUGCGGCUGAGAAGUUCUGUGAAACUACAAUUGGGUCUAAGAUUAUGGAGAAUGGGCUGCUGUUCAAAGAGCUUCUUCAGACCCCUAACUUCCGCAUCACAGUGGUGGAAGAUGCAGAUACGGUGGAGCUCUGUGGAGCUCUGAAGAACAUUGUAGCAGUGGGGGCAGGCUUCUGUGAUGGGCUGCAGUGCGGUGACAACACCAAGGCAGCUGUGAUCCGCUUGGGCCUGAUGGAGAUGAUCGCCUUCGCCAAGCUCUUCAGCAAAGACGGGACGGUCUCCUCCGCCACCUUCCUGGAGAGCUGCGGUGUGGCUGACCUCAUCACCACCUGUUACGGGGGACGCAACCGCAAGGUGGCGGAAGCCUUUGCAAAGACGGGAAAGAGCAUUGAGGAGCUGGAGAAGGAGAUGUUGAAUGGACAGAAGCUGCAGGGACCCUUGACCUCUGCUGAGGUCCACCACAUCCUCAAACAGAAAGAACUGGUGGACAAGUUCCCACUCUUCACUGCCGUCUAUAAGAUCUGCUUCGAGGGCAAGCCGGUCCAGGAGAUGAUCACCUGCCUACAGAGCCAUCCAGAGCACAUGUGAUCGGUUCCUGAAGUUCUCUCCAUCCACGGAUGACCUCUCACCACCUCUGCCAUUCAUACCUCCUCUCUCUCUCUCUCUCUACCUGCGGUUGAAGAACGUCCUCAGUUUGUCUAAACUCCUAGAACUCAACGGACACAAACACAUGGCCUCUCAUACCUGACUUCCUGGUGGGUUUCCAUAGUUAUUGGCUUUAGUUACUUGAAUUGGAGGCAUUUUGGUGUAUACACACACACACACACACACACACACA